AUGAAUGAAAGCCAGCCAGAAAAGAAAACACCAAAGCAAGCAUUCAUAGCAAGUGCAAGCAAUCUUCUUGCAAACCCAAACGACAAAACAAUGGGAGAGCUAAGAAGGUGCACAAAAUCAGUUCUAAAAAGAAAGGAGAAAGGAACAAUUCGCCUUGUUCUUCUGACACUCGCAAAAGUCUUCUUCAAUUUACUGCCGUCUUACAACAUAAGAACAAAGGACCACAAAUACAACGCAGCCUCAAAAAUAACAAAUUAUGAAUAUCAGCUGAUAAAAGAGUGGGAAGAAUAUUUAAAGCUCAUAACCCGGUCAAAAACAGAAGAAUCAUUUGAAGCAGCUGCAAUUCUUCUGCCACAGUCAAUUCUUUUCAACAAAAGCAUGAAACUAGUUGGGAAGGUAGUAAAGGGAACUGCACUAAAAAGUAAAGUAGGAAAAAAGUGCCAGAAAGUAUUAGUGAAGAUCUUUAAGUGCGACAAAGGCAAUAGAAUAGUAAAGAUACUUGAGGUGAUGAAUCAGAUGAACAUGGAAACAAUCCCAAAGGCAGCCAUUAAGGCACUCUUCCACAUAUCAGAUGCAGCCUUAACAAAGCCAGAGAAAGUUGAAAGAUUCGCAAAGUCAGAGAUGAGGAAAUUAUCCGUUGAAGAGAAGGCAAUUAAAAAGGAGGCACAGUUGCACUUCCUGCCAGAAGAAUUAAAAGCCUGGAAAGGCAUAAAUGAAAGGCUUCUUAGAAUAUAUUUAAUGAUCCUGACAGUAAAACCAAUUGAAAAGCAUUACUAUGCACUCACACAGAUACAGAGGCUGCACAUCCCAGGGCACCUUAAGGAAGGUAUAUUUAUCAUGCUAACAGAAAAGGUGUUAUAUUUGAAGAACGAAAUGACCCCUAGGAAAGCAGCUAUUCUAGCAUCCUGCUACAUGACUAUGCACAUGAUAUACAAAGAAGAGAUAGAAUAUUCAUUCCAGAUAGAAGAAAUUGAAAAGAUCCCAGUUGAAGUGCUUUUAGAGAUGGAUGAAAAAGAGAUAGAGAUAGUCUAUAAUGCACUCGGCAGGAUUGACAAGCACAAAGGGACACCUGGAAUAAUGAAGAUGCUUUUGACCCGGGGAAUGCACAGGAUAGAUUUACAGCUGGCAGAUCUAAUCAGGCACUUAAUGCCCAGGGAGGGACCAAGUGCAUUAGAGAAGGUGUCUUCAGAAGGCAUGUGGGAGAUUCCAAUUCUGACACCGCGCCCCAGAAUUUAA